AUGAUCGACGAGAUCCUGGCCAAGGAGACCUGCGACUACUUCGAGAAGCUCUCCCUCUACUCCGUCUGCCCUUCCGGGUCCCCCCGCCCCAAACCCCCCCACUCCUGCGCAGGCUCCCCUUCUCUGCGGGCUUAUCCCCUCAUCUCUGUCAUCACCAGGCAGCCCUCAGCCAUCUCCCACUUCAUCCCCUCAGCAAGCACCUCUCGGGUUCUCUCACCACAUCCACCUCCAGGGAGCACCUGCUCAGAGACCCCGGCCAGUGAAACCCAUGGGAGCAGCGAAUCAGAGACAGAGCAGCCCACUCCUCGCUUGAAAAAGCCCCGCCGGAGUCGGACCAUCUUUACAGAACUACAGCUCAUGGGACUGGAGAAGAAAUUCCAAAAACAGAAAUAUCUAUCCACGCCAGACAGGCUGGAUCUUGCCCAGUCCCUGGGUCUAACUCAACUCCAAGUGAAGACUUGGUACCAAAAUCGCAGAAUGAAAUGGAAGAAAAUGGUCCUGAAAGGUGGCCAAGAAGCUCCCACUAAGCCCAAAGGCCGUCCCAAGAAAAACUCCAUUCCAACUUCAGAAGAAAUUGAAGCAGAGGAAAAGAUGAACAGCCAGGCUCAGCAACAAGCUUUGGAGGAAGGCCAGGCCACAGAUGAGUGUGAGUCGACCAAAGAGCAAUUGGAUGCCUCCUUAGAGACACAGGAAUCUCCUAAACACACAGUGGAAACCUCCCAGGGGGAGACAGCUUCAAGUUAAAAGAGAGAAAGGAAGAAAUAACUCCAUCUCCAUCCCUCCCAAAGGACAGUGUAAAAACUGAAUUUGCCUGCACUUUGUGCCUUAAAAAACUGACUGGUUUGAUGGGUCACCAUGGGGCAAGGAAACUCAAUGUAAGUGGUGACCUAAUGUGAUUGGUGAAAAGGGGUUUCCUUUUUUCCCAUGUUGUGUGUACACCCCUCUCAUAGGUAUGUUGGAACUGGGGCUCCCCUCUGAAGGAGAUUGCAUGCUGUAAAAAUCUGAUGCUCUGGAGAUGGGCGAGGAACCCAGCUUCCCAUCGUAUUAUGAGAAGAGCUCUUUAAGAAUAGUACUGUGCUAGUGAGAUUGGCUCUUUCUCAUGCCAUUGUUAUCCUGAGCUCUGAAAUGAGUUCAGAGCAGCAGCUGCCAAAGAAUGAGAGAGCAUUCCUACCACCAGCAUAGUUUUUUUCCUGCAAGUAAAGCGUAACUGGUUAUGGGACAAAACCAGCAUUUUUGUGAGAUUUUUGUCAAACUUUGGGAUAUUGAUAUUCUACCAUACUACAACCGGAGUUAUUUUGGGGGAAGGGGAAAUAUACAGAUUUCAAACUCGCUUGGAAAACAGUUGUUUUCAUAAUGGAGGAACUCAGAGCCUUCUAAAAGGAAGCUUCCAAAAUGGCAGCCCUGAACAACUAUGAGCAGAAACAGAGAUAAGAGUGGUAGGAAGGGUGCCAGUUUGGCUGAAUGCAUUGGUUAGGAAUGGAUGCUUAGGAAUGGAUGCGGAAGCAAAAUUAGCUAAAGUUGCAGGAGCAAAAGGCUAUGGCUGCCUUAAGCUAUAAAGUGAACUGCCUAUAGUCCAAAACUCUAGUGCACUUGUAUUGUUCAGGAUGGCACUUUGAGUCAUCUGCCAAGACCCAUGCAUCUUCAAGAGGCUGCCUGUUAAGUCCCAGUGGGCUUUGCUGGUCUCUUCACUGUUACUGCUUAUUAAUCUGUCUUCUUGAACAAACAAGGACUGGCAUCCUGUUAGUGGCAUACACAGGCAUAAGUCUAUCAUAGGCUUGGGUGUUGUUGUUGUUGUUGGUGGUGGUGGUGGUGGUGGUGUUGUGAAGCUCUGCAUUCCCUUCUACCCUCAACAACAACUCAAGCCCUCCCCUAGACUUCUGACUGAGCUGCUGCAGCUACCCAGUAGCCAUUCUGCAGUUUGUACAGAAUAGGAAAGUGAAAGCCAAGAAGCCUAUUUGAGAAGGUUAUGUCCCAAUAGCCAUAUGUGAAAUGAUGACAGCAUCUGCUGAGAUCUGCUGAGACCUCCCUGUGUCUCCAGCAGAUGAUGUUAUCAUUCUACCUUUGUCUAUGGUGACAUAUAAGUUUAUCUUACUCCAUUUCCAGGCCGUUCUUGGCAUGGGAUGGGAUCGGCACAGAAGGAGUGAGAUGGGUGUUACCACACAGGAGAAUGCCGCCAAUGCUGUUGGGAGUCGCCAAGCCAUUCCCCAUCUGUGCUAUGGCAGCCUAUUUUGAACAACAAUUUUGAAUUGUUCUUCAAAACCAUCUGCCAUAGCAUGGAUGGGGAAUGACUUGGGGACUUCUGACAAUGGCAGCGGUGUUCUCCUGUGUGGUAACACCCAUUAUCACCCAUUCUGUGCCGAUCUCAUCCCUUGCCCAGAAUGGUCUGGAAAUGGCAGACUUUCCACCAGGCACAGAAUGGCUGUGCAGGGCUUCUGUGGAGCAACAGUAAAUCUUGGGAGUGUUGAAUGGCCCAACUGUGGCAUAGUUCCACAUGCCUGUCCCAUACAGGAUUUGAGACAAGCAGUACCACAAAAAAACUUCCAGAAUGGCAGUCCUGAACAACUAUGAGCAGAAACAGAGAUAAGAGUGGCAGGAAAGGGGCCACUUUGGCUGAAUGCAUUGGUUUGCAUUCCCUGGCAGUGGCGCAGAUAAGAAGGCUAUCCAACAGGCAACAAUCAGUGACAGUAUCAAGGAGGAGGCAUAUAUACUCAAUGGAUCACAGUAGGGAAUGUAGAAGGCAUCUUACCUAAUUGUUGUUGUUGUUGUGUGUGCCUUCAAGUCGUUUUUUGACUUAUAGUGACCCUAAGGCAGACCUAUCAUAGGGUUUUCUUGGCAAGUUUCUUUAGAUGGAAUUUGCCAUUGCCAUGCUCUGAGGCUGAGAGAGUGUGAUUUGCCCAACUUCACCCAGGGAUUCUUUUGCUCAAGCGGGGAAUCAAAACCUGAUCUCCAGAGUUGUAGUCCAAUUCCCAAACCACUACACCACACUAGCUCAUUCUGAUAGCCACCCCAAAUUUGCAGCCCAUAUUAAUAGCAUUCACCCACCUGCCAAAGAGAAGAUAGAAGGAUCCUUUGUGCCAAUAUAUCUGCAUAUGUGAGCAGCUUCUAAAUCUAGACUCAGGACUUCAGUUAAUAAAAGAAAGGGUAUCUACUCUUUGUCUGUGCAUGCUUUGUCUAUCUUAAGUCUACCCUUUGACCACCUUCUCUUCAGUAUCAUACACUAAAAACACAACAAGAGUGAAUGGGAGAGCAGGCCUGCAUCCAGUGUUGUACCUCCCUAAAAAGAGCCAUGAAAUUAGAAUACAACUAAAAGUCAAGUCACACUUUAAAGGCUGCAUCUUAUUGGUAAUCCUACCAAUCCGAAUUAGGUAAUCCUAGUUAGAGUUGGAUGAAACAUAUUUAUUUGAGCAAGCCUUUCUCGUUUCAUGCAGCCCAACAUCUGUUUCAUUGAUUUCGAAAAGAACUUGCAUGUUGAGUACUAUAUAUUUGUGUAUUGUGUAUAGCCUACAUUUGAUUGAUGGACAGUGCCUUGACAUUUUUGGUUAUAAGUGGUAUAUAAAUAUUUUGAAAUAAAAGAGAAUGGACCUAUUCAGUCAAUAGGAUUUACAUAUAGGCUAACUCACUAUUCAGCAGCUGAUUCCGUGAGUCUACUCUGGUUGGGACUACCAAUAGGAUUCAAGUCUGUAUUUUCAACUCAUACCUGGGCUAUAGUAGGGACAAAUGAAUCUCUCAAUUUCAUGCUCCUUUCUGACUAGUUCAGCCAUAAACCCAUCCCAUUCUAUUCCAUUUCUGAAUUAAUCUAUGAUUUAAAAGAAAAUCUGCAUGCAGAUUUGCAUUUCAAGAUUUCCCCUCAGAAUGUUUGGUUCUAACUGCAUUUUCUCUCAAAAUAUAUAUUGUAAAACACAUUUCAAUACAUGUUUGGAGCUGAGAUUUCUACUGGAAUAUUCUGGAAAUGCUGACCCAUGCAUAUCCCCCAACUUUCCUGAUUUGGCAGAAACAAUCCCAGUUAAUCCACUAUCCUUCCACUUUUCCCAGCUGCCUUUAAAAUGUCCCAGUUCCUCUUUCCUUCUCCCAUUUCUGCCCUCCUCCCAUUGAGCUCAGUUUACUUUACUUGCUUUAAACUGAGCUAAAAAUAUAAAAGUAACUUGUACACAAUGAAAUCAGCAAGAGAGAUAGAAGAGAAAUUUUGUCCUUCCCUGUAGGUCCCAGCAAAAGCAAACUGCAUCAGUCUAUCCGUUCUUAUAUUUUCUUCCUCACUGAUAACAUUGGCCACCCCAUGUCAGAGUUUUGUUCCAGUUUUCACAUGUGAAAUGUUGGAGGAUAUGUUCAUUCAGUUCAUUAAUUCCUGAGAUGUCACUAAGGUCAGUCUGAAUCAGAAUCUGCAAAGGUUUUGCAAAGGGCCUAUAGUUUACACACACUGAAGAAUAAAGCAGUAAGAAUCUUGAGAGCCUACCUUAGUCAGAAGGGUUUAUAUAAAUUAAUUUAACCAACCAACUAAACACGCAAUUCUAAGCAC